AAUCAGAUAAUUAGUUUUGCUUGAUUAAUUUCACAUAACAAUGGCUUUUUCCUCUAGGUUUGUUGUGUUUUCUCUCUUUUCUCUUCUUGCUUUGGGUGCUUAUGGCAAACUAUCCGACGAGAAGUUCUAUCAGAAAACUUGUCCGAGUUUACAUGGAAUGGUUAGAUCCACGAUGGCACAAGCUGUGGCAAAGGAGAAGAGGAUGGGAGCAUCCAUUCUUCGACUCUUUUUCCAUGACUGCUUCGUCAAUGGUUGUGACGCAUCAAUACUUCUUGACGACACUUCGAAGUUCACCGGCGAGAAGAACGCUGGACCCAACCAGAACUCUGUCCGAGGCUUUGAAGUGAUCGACGCCAUAAAAUCAAAGGUGGAGGCCAAAUGCAAGGCUACAGUCUCAUGUGCGGAUAUUCUUGCACUUGCAGCACGCGAUGCAGUUGUCUUGCUUGGUGGCUCUUCUUGGAAAGUGCAGCUAGGCCGACGAGAUUCAAGAACAGCAAGCCAGAGUGCAGCCAACUCCAACCUCCCACCCCCCUCUGCCUCCCUAUCAACCCUCAUCUCCAUGUUCAUAUCCAAAGGCCUCAGUGCACGCGACAUGAUAGCCCUCUCCGGGGCCCACACCAUCGGCCUCGCUAAAUGUGCCACCUUCCAAAGCCGUAUCACCAACGAAUCCAACAUCGAUCCUCGAUUUGCUUCGCUUCGCAAGAGAACUUGUAAAAAUGGCAAUAGUCUCGCUCCUCUUGAUCAAGGGAGCGAGAAGAGUUUCGACAAUAACUAUUAUAAGAACCUUGUGGCUCGUCAAGGGUUACUACAUUCUGAUCAGGAGUUGUUUAAUGGUGGAUCUCAGGAUUCAUUAGUGAAGAAGUACAGUCAGAAUUCUAAAGCUUUUGAAGAUGAUUUUGUUAUAGCAAUGGUGAAAAUGGGGAGUCUUUCACCAUUGACGGGAAAAAAUGGAGAGAUAAGAUUGAACUGCAGAGUAGCGAACAAAAAUUAAGCUAGCUUUUGGGCAUCACACAGAAUGAUGAUACAUUCUUUUCUGGUUGAGAUUGUUUCAUUUGUUUUCCUUGUGUCGUAUGUGCUAAAAAUGUUUCAUGUUGUAUCUUAUAGCUUUUCAUUGUUGCUAGGGAUUGAUAAAGGUGUUUCGGAGUGUUAGGAAUUUUAAGUGCGAGUACAAUUCUAUAUUGAAAAGAUAGUUGAGAGAAAAAAUGAUGGACUUAAAUAGAAA